CCAUUUCCCAUCGGCCGACGGCCCAUUUAAAAGUACAGCUAAAUUAACAAAAACUAAACAAUCAAAGCCAAAACGAUUUUUCAUAUUUUAUUGUGCUUUGGGUCCAUAGUAGGUACAACACGGAGUAGACAAUUAAACGUUGUCGUUUAGCGGAUUUAAAUGUUCCCUGAUUUAUUAUUAGUACAAUCCAGGUUCCAGGGGCUCUAAAAAUUCGUAGAACCCAUGGCGAUGCCAAAAAUGACUAUUGUGAAAAAUUCAGUUCUAUUUUAAUAACCCCUUAUUGUAUUGUAGGUUUAGUUGCAUAUCGCACACAUGUUUUGGGAGUCUAAUCAGUAAUCGUCUUAUUGUUAUAAAUGAUAUGUAUAUUGUUAUACAGAUCAACAGGUGAGCAAAUUUAGAUUAUUAAACGUUGUACCGUAUCAUUACUAUUAUAUAAUAUACUGUGAUCAAUUAUAAUAUUAUCUGUACAAUUCAUAUCGAUUAAAUAACACUCACACGUACAUAAUAUUCUAUAUUAUUCGAGUUCAUCGAUCUACGCCAAAGUGUGUAUUCGCAUUAGCUAACAUCUAAAAAUAUUAAACGACGUCGUAAGACUAUAAACUGCAAAAUGAGGUCCAGAGUGAUCGGUCUGAUGGACACUUUGCAUUCGGCCUCUUGUCGGUGCCCGUCGCAUUCCACCUUGGGAGUGUUGCCCACUAGACUCAGCACAAACGUGGAACAAAAGGAGUACGCUUUCGAAAUGGCUUGCUCGACUGUUCGUUACGGCCCGGGCGUCACUAAAGAGCUGGGCAUGGAUAUGGUCAACAUGAAUGCCAAACGAGUGUGCGUAAUGACCGACUCGAAUCUGGUCAACAUGUCGCCUGUAAAAACAGUUCUCGAUUCGCUUACCAAACACGGCGUUCGAUUCGACCUUUACGACAAGGUAAGAGUGGAACCUAACGAAAAAAGUCUCAAUGCAGCCACCGAGUAUGUGCGCAACUUGCAAUUUGACGCGUUCAUAGCUGUUGGCGGCGGUUCCGUUAUGGACACUUGUAAAGCCGCCAAUUUGUACUACUCUGAUCCGGAAGCUGAAUUUCUGGAUUACGUUAAUCCGCCCAUUGGUAAGGGAAAACCAGUGACCGUACCGUUGAAGCCGUUAAUCGCUGUGCCUACAACAACCGGAACGGGUAGCGAAACGACUGGUGUUUCCAUAUUCGACUUUGAAGAACUCAAAGCCAAAACGGGUAUUGCCAAUCGAGCUCUGCGACCCACUUUGGCUAUUGUAGACCCUUUACACGCUUUGUGUCAACCAGAAAGAGUGUGCGCUUUCAGCGGUUUUGACGUUUUCGGUCACGCAUUGGAAUCGUUCACGGCUGUGCCGUACAAUGAAAGAUCUCCGCGGCCCACUAAUCCGAUCUUAAGGCCCGCUUACCAAGGACGUAAUCCCAUAUCCGAUGUAUGGGCUCGUUACGCGUUAGACGUGAUCAAAAAGUAUUUCAAGAGAGCCGUUUACGAUCCAGAAGAUUUUGAAGCGCGAUCUAACAUGCAUUUAGCUUCUACGAUGGCCGGUGUAGGAUUUGGAAAUGCCGGCGUCCAUUUAUGCCACGCUCUGUCGUAUCCUAUAUCAGGAAACGUGAAAAAAUAUCAAGCCAAAGAUUACGUGACCGACCAUCCGAUUAUUCCCCACGGGUUAAGUGUCAUAAUGUCUGGUCCUGCAGUUUUUGAAUUUACGUCUACGGCUAGCCCUGAACGCCAUUUGGAAGGUGCCAAAUUACUAGGUGCUGACGUGAGUCGCGUUAAAGACGCUGAUGCUGGCAAAUUUUUGGCUGACGUCAUACGGGGAUAUAUGCAGGACAUGAAAAUCGAUAAUGGCUUAUCAGCACUCGGAUAUACUAAAGACGACAUUCCAAAUCUAGUCAAAGGUACAUUACCGCAGCACAGGAUAACGAAACUUGCUCCUCGAGAACAAUCUGAAGAAGACUUGAGUAAACUGUUUGAAAACUCGCUUACGGUUUUUUAAGAUGUCUAAAAAAAUUGUUUUGUUUGUAUUGUUAUUUUUUAAAAAAUUUAAAAAUGUAUAAGGUUUUUUAAAAUUAUUAUUAUAAUUGCUAUUACGUUAUUUAGUGUACAGUAUAAAAUCUAAUAACUCAUUAGAAAAUUUGUUCAAUGGAUCGCACAAUUGAGAAAUGGUACGAUUUAGUUUUUAUCAAAAACUGGAUGCCGUUUAUGCAUUAUAAUUAUUGUCAAUGUGAAUCUGUUUCUAUUCUGUAAAUAAUUGUAAUAGAUCAAUUUAUAAUAUAAGUAUAUCGUUAAUAUUAUUUCUUAAAAAAAAAAAAUAGUCUUUAGUCAUAAAUGUAUUUAAAAUAUAUUUUGUACUUGA